AGCUCGCCGACUUUGUGGACGACAAGGAGUAGCCGCCUAGGGGCUGCCGGCCCCUCUGCCUCCCCGCACCUCGCUCCCUUCCCUUCCCCGCACCCGGACUUCACAGUCGGUGGUUCUCAACCCCUGCCACCCACGCGCGUCCGCCGCCGGUGGCUCGGGCCCGAGCUGCACCCCCGCACCCCCAGGCCGGCGGCUGGAAGUCUCAGGAACUGCCCCAGGGCCGAAAGGGCGCCGCUGCGCGCGCCUGGCUGACAGCCACGGUGGUGGUGACGGUGCUGGGAGACCCCGCGUGCGCUUUCCCCUUGAGAUGUAAACCGGGAACGGGGAAAGGGGCAGAGGGGAGAAAGGACAUGGCCUUCCUCGCGAGUCCAUGGCCAGUGACUGUGGCCCGACUCGAAAACAACCCUCUUCUCAAAAGGGACCAUCACCGCCCCGAGCGUGCGCACACGGACCGGUCGGAGGCGAGAACUGGUCUUUACAGGGCACAGUUCAGCUCCUCUGUGGAUGCGUCCCCAGAUCGCAGGAUUUCCAAGAAAUCGAGCCUGUCCCUUGUGCACUUGGGAAUAAUUCCCCAAGACAGCACUUCGGGAUUCCGGGUUAUCCUGAGGCUGCCCGGGACUUUUCCAGCUCUCCAGCCCCAGGUCUCCUGACAUUGUGUUCCAGGCUGCGGGCUAAGCCAGACAGUGUUUGCCUCCCGUUCUUCCCACCGUGGGAAGCGAACGCCACCCCCACCCGCCUUUGCCUGCGAGUCUCCCUCGCUGGCCGAAGGGAAGCCGGCUCGGUCCCGGGAGGAAAAUGGCGCAGCGAAUUCGGUGAGGACAGCCGGCCCCGCCCCCGACAAGGAGCUCGCUCGUUCACCUGGUGUCUGGGAACUUGAAUGUAUAAAGGGCGCUUAUUGUUCUGAACCCUUGAUUGCUCCCUCCUCGGGCUGCAUUUCAAAAAUAGUCAUAUUUUUAAAGGAGUUGGAGGAGAGGGAGGGGGAGGACAUGGCACCAUUUCAGAAACCAGCAUUGUUAUAACACCAUAGCCAGUAUAUUUAGUUUGGCUUUUCCUAACAUAGAAAUCUUCAAAGGUGGGGAAGUGGAAAUAAAGUUUUAAAAAUGAGAGAGCAGUUUUCCAACUAUGUCAACAAAGCCUAUCGUGUUGAUGUUUUUAUUGACCAUUUUAGCAACAUGCUAAUAAAAUUUCAAAUUGAAAUUUUUAUUUUCAUGGCUUUAAUCCAUGAUAGUUUAAAUACUGGGGGCCAUUAAGAGUGGAUGUAGCUAAGAGCUUAGCUAACAUUGCCUUUUCACUCUAUUUUUCUCAAAUAUUAUAAGAAUUCUGUUUUUGAAUAUUGUAGUUAAUUUUUUGGCUUUCAACAGCAGCCCUAGUAAUGGUGGAGUCGUUCAUUAAUGUGUAUAUUGUACUGAAUUUCUGUCAGUUAAGGGGUUCACUGCUUUGGUGGAAAUUGGUGGAAAUUGCUAGCAGGUUCCAUGAUGUUAUUUUUUUCUCCAUGUUGCAUGUCAUUACCAUUUCACAUUUGCAUUUCUAUUUUUCUUCCUCUCCUCCUGAUCUCCUUAAAAAUGAAUCUAGAGUUGGUGGCUUUUUCCCCCUCCUCUUUAGCCAGUGCCACAGUUCAGUUCUUCCUGAAAACAGGGAUGAACUUGUAGCAUCAGGACAAAUGUGUGUUUUUCAAAAACUUAAGGCUGGGUGUAAAACCCCUUCUGUGGACAAGGAUUUGUAAACUUCUCUCCUCCCUCCAGCUGCGGCCCCAGCCCAACUGAUAGUUACUUGAUUCAGUGUGCUAGACACUUAUAGCAUCUAUGUCUCUUUCAAGGGAAUUUAUCAAAUAAUGCUGUUUAGCUAAUUGUUGCAAGCAAUUGCAUAUUAACAGCUGUGAUUUCGUUGGACAGCAAGUAUUAUGGCCAAAGCCAGUUUCUUGGCAUUUCAAAAAUAAUGCAAUAAAAACUAGUUGAGGUUAGCUGAGACUGGAAAUGCCUUUUUCAUGGUAAAUGAUUCACUUCUAUAUUUUUCUUUCUUUUUCUUUUUUUUUUCUUUGGUUUUCAUCCUGGAUUCAUCCCCUGAUCUUAAAUCAAAAGGUCAGAUCAAUGAACUAUGAACUAAAGUAUUUUUCUUAAGCCUAUUGAGUGAUUUAUUUUUUAAAAAAUGUUUAAAUGCAUAUGCUUUUCUUUCAGCACAAACAACAGCAAAAACUUUUGUAAUAACUAACUUACCUUUGCAUGUAUGAAGAACUGAAAGUCAUUUAUUUCCCUAACUUAUUCCUCUUUCAAGUAACAGGUGGCAGAUCAUAAAAUGAAUUCUUUAUUGUAUCUACACACUCCACAGUCUUUACUGUGUCCUACUACUGUAUCUUGGCUCCCUGCUGUAUUAAACACCAUCUUAAGCACUUG